AUGUUUGAUCUCUCCUCAUUUCUUUCCAACUUUUACCAUCUUAGUCCUUACGUCAAGAACACUCGUUCCUCACUGUCUAGCCAGAAGAACAUAAAAAGGAGCAGAAUAUCAGGUUCCAUGAAGCUCAGGCUCAUAAUUGACAAGCUACAAAAGGGCCUCUCGCUCUUAGCAACCAAAGGCCCUCAUGAUGAUAAUGAUGAAGAGUUCGAUGAAGACGUGGAGAUAGCGAAGAAAAUACCGGAGGAUGUAAAGGAAGGACAUUUUGCAGUCUUCGCAGUGAAGGGUAAGGAGACAAAGAGGUUUGUGGUUAAGCUAGAGUCCUUAAACAAUCCUGCAUUUUUGAAAUUACUAGAGCAGGCAAAGGAAGAAUAUGGAUUUGAACAGAAAGGUGCUCUUGCAGUUCCCUGCAGACCUGAGGAUUUGCAUAAGAUUCUGGAAAACAGAAGGGAGAAGAGUAAGACUAGUGCUACAAUAAAUAAUACUCAUAGUAAUACUCAAAACCUCAUUGAAGGAUACUAG